UCUCAUUCCGUCGGUGGCUCCGGUGGGGUUCGGCUCAUUCGGCGUUCGCAGUCUCGACCCACUAGCAGUCAGAGCGUGAUUACAGGCCGGUGCGCGCUGGGGUCGGGCUCAAAGUGGGGGUGUUCUUGUGUUGUGUUUUGCUCACGGUGCCGCCGGCUAAUUAAAGUGGCAGUUGCUUCAUCCCCGCAAGAAGUGCAUCGAAGGCAGCAAGGAAGAACCGUGUCAGUUGCAGUGCGGUAUUCAAUCGGUGCGGACGUGGUUUCUUCGAGUGGGUUCCAACGGCUUGUGGAGCACGCUGUCGGUUGUUGAUCAGUUGCGUGGUCGCCAGUAUUUGCAUUGGAAAAAUCGACUGUUUCUGGGAAAGUUUUACGUGCGUGAAAUGGAAUCGAUGUUGAAGGUGCGAUUUUUUGGAAAGUGAUUUUCUCCCAUUUGGGCGUAUAACAAGAAGGAAGUGAUGGCCUUAUACGAAAGAAGAGCUCCCGUGACGGUCGUGGGAUGGAUUGACCGACCAGCUACCGAUCGCUGAAGAAGGAAACUACUGCAUCGGCCCUACCGUCGACUGCACGGAAAUGCAAUUAACGAAGAAUUCGGUGCAAAUAAAGUGAAAACGUGUGUCGUUCAUUUGAUUUAUGGGAUUUGCAUUUUGGAGUCGAUGCGACGACAACGACGAUAACUAUCAAAAGGAAUACGAAGGAAGGCCGGUUUUGGGUCCGCUGGUUUCGGUUGCGCGAGUAUUCUGUUUUAGUUUCACUUUGCUUCCCGCUGUCGUCGCUGUCGCGCGCUUGCCUGGUCAAGUAAAGAGCGUGGAUACGAAAUUAAAAGUUAAUAAACGACAAGGAGUGCAGCAAUCACAGGUUGACUAAAUAUGAGCGUGUGCCGCUGGGCGAAAAUAUAAUCAGAAGCAUUUUAUUGUUGAUGACCAUGUGAAGGUGAUGGGGGUUGGGGUUUUAUCGACACGAUAAGCAUCGAACGUGAACAAGAUGCGUGGUUCGUGUUAAUUUGAGGCAGGCUCGCACCGUAACGGCUGUAUAGAAUUUGCUGAACUUGGAUUUGUUACAUUUAUUGUGAAAUGUUUAAGAUGUUGUGCACGAUUGUUUUGCUGAAAUCGAUCCUAAUCCAGCACAUGAUUGGUGGCGUUACGGCCCUCGUGAACGGCGGUGGAAGCGCAGAUGGGACGGCGGAAGGAUUGGGACCACCGGUAGCCAAUCGGAGACACACUGACAACCUGCUGAUUGCUCGGUGUCGUUCCAAAUGUACGAACACAAACGACAAAAUGAUGUGCGAGAGCACCUGCAUCCGGGACUACUUGGAGAACUCGUCGUACAAAAAAUACGGUGACUGCCCAAAGGAACCGCAGAAUUGCCUGGAAGCCAUCUGUUUCAACACCUGCCAGAGUACGGACUACCACUGCCCAGGGGUGAAAAAAUGUUGCCCGCACUCGUGCGGCAUGAGCUGCCAAAGUCCUGUCGGUUUGAGCAAGGUUCGUGGACUGCCACCCGUUCCGGUGCACGUGAUCCUUCGCGAUGCUGGGCGUAGUUUCCGCAUGGCUGAAAUUCAGUGGGACUUGGCCGUGGAAGAGGAGGAAUCCAGCGUCACGUACUAUGUAGUGGAGUCACGCCAUCACAUCGGAGUUAGUUUUGCCGAGCGGAAAUUGGAAAAUGACUGGCAGAACCACAAGGCGAACAUGAUCUAUGAGAUCAAGCGAACAGGAAACCUCAAAAGGUUCGUUGGGGAACUGAAACUGAAACCCGGCAGGUGGUACCAGGUACGAGUUGCCGCAGUCAACGAGAAAGGUACCCGAGGAUACUCCACUGUCUCCAAAGAGUUUCAACUGCGAAAAAGGCCCAACCCACCUCAACCACCGAAGAAUCUCACACUUGGUCCACUGGUAGCGACGACAAACGGGAUGUACAGUAGAAAAAUUAUGUGGUCGCUUCCACGAUCUGAUCUCCCGGUGGAGAAGUACAAAAUCAGCUGGAGUUUAUAUUUAAAUGUAAGCGGCGAAGCGCGGGCUGAUAACUCAUCUCUUUUCAAGGAAACGGCAACUGUGUCAGCGCCAACUCGCCACUAUGAGAUCAAAGGACUGCAUCCUAACAGUAUUUACUAUCUCCAACUACAUGCGGUGAGCGUGUACGGCAAAUGGCGACUGAAGUCUUUCGCCAGUAAUGAGAUGAUGGAUACUAUGGUGGACGUUGGAGGUGCCGUCAAGCAAAUAAGCAUGGACAACAUGUUGAUGAAUGAUGCCAGUCAUCAACGCCGCACAAAAUCCGGAGCUAAUGCAAUGAGCAUAAAUUAUAAAUUCGUGCCGCGUAAAACUGGCCUUGCGGUGAGACUUACGUGGGCGGACCGACAACCCGGCGGACGUUAUCGGUUGCACUUGUGUCGAGGUACCCGGGAAUGUCUAUCAAAACCGAUGGGACCCAGCUCUCAUGAUGUGGUUGUAAAGCAGAAAACAGCCUACGAAUUUUCGAGUCUGGAGUUUGAUAUCAAGUACACAAUUGGAUUGCGGCACAACCAUCGGAAACGUGUUUCCGGGCCGGCGAACAAUCCUCAGCAACAAUCGUCACAACAGCAGCACGGACCGCCCGGCUACGAUAGCUUCCGUACAUUCCUGACACCCAAAUGUGAGCACUUCCAGAAGAUGCAUCCCGACUUUCUGUUUGAUUGUUCCGUCUGAAGGUCCCAAAACGAUUGUGAGCACAGAGUGUUAUAUGCUAUAUUAUCUAUAUGAAUAGUUAAUAAAGACAAUUUAGCAACAAUGAAUUCUACCCCGCCAUAACUUGCCCACACUAGUAGCGCACUUUUUGCUUCGAUUGGCUAGUAAGUAUUCACAUACGUCUGUUUGGAGAUAGAACAUAAGUGUUUUGUGGCGACCUAAGUAUUAAACGUAGACGUUAAACUGAUUUCUAGAUACAAAAAAGGUCCUUACAAAAUACAAAUAAUUCGGUUAUGCUUGUGUUAUUUUACAGUUGUAGUAUUGAAUUAGUGGAUUUUUGUUUCAAUAGUUUUAAGCUGGGCUGCCAUUAAAAUCCAACAUAGACAAAAUUUAGUAUAGUAUACAAUGGUAAUUACUCGACAAAAGAUUAUUUAACGUAAGUGGUUUUUAACUUCAGUGAGUUAUGUUGAAGUAAUUUUAUUUCAUGCAAAAUAUAAAAAACUAAAGCGUAGAAGAAAGCUCACUUUUGUCCUCUUGUAAUUAGCACUAUUCAGAUUGAAAUGAACUCUAUAUGCUGCUAUAAAAAAGACAUGUAUGUUGGUAAUAAAUACGUGUAUGCAUAUAAAACUAA